AUGACCAAGUUCAGCACGGAGACCUUCAAGCUCAACACGGGCAAGGAGAUCCCCGCCAUCGGCCUGGGCACAUGGCAGUCCGGUCCUGGUGAGGUCGGCAAUGCCAUUGAGGUAGCGCUGAAGAACGGGUACCGACACAUCGACACCGCAUUCGCGUAUGGCAACGAGAAGGAGGUCGGCGAGGGUCUCCGCGCAUCGGGGGUGCCGCGCGAGGAGAUCUUCCUGACGACCAAGCUUAACAACCCUUGGCACAAGCGGGUACCCGAGGCGCUUGAGGCGUCGCUGAAGAACCUGGGUGUGGAUUACCUCGACUUGUACCUGAUGCACUGGCCAUCGAGCACAGAUCCUUCGGACUCCAAGAAGCACUACGAAGACUGGGACUAUGUCAACACCUGGCACGAGCUGCAGAAGCUGGUCGACACCGGCAAGGUCCGUAGCCUGGGUGUCAGCAACUUUGGCAUCACGCACCUUGAGCGUCUGCUCAGCGACCCCAACACGAAGAUUGUGCCGGCCGUCAACCAGAUCGAGCUUCACCCCGCCAACCCGUCGCCCAAGUUAAUUGCCUACCUCAAGGAGAAGGGCAUCCACCCCUCCGGCUACUCCCCACUGGGCAGCAUCGACUCGCCUCUGUACAGGAACGAGACGCUCAAGUUCAUUGCGGAAUCCAAGAACCUCAGCGUUGCCCAGGUCCUGCUUCUUUGGGGCGUCCAGAAGGGUUGGAGCGUGCUGCCUAAGAGUGUCAACGCCGAGCGCAUCAAGGCUAACUUCGAUCUCGACAACCGUGACUUGACGGAGGAGGAGGUUGCCAAGAUCGAUGCGAUCCCCGACCGUUUCAAGGUUUGCGGUGACAAGUGGUUGCCGAUUAAGGUGUUUUUCGGCGAUGAUGAGUAA